CCCCCCCCGUUUCCACACGACGCCAGAACACACAUUGUCAAGUACUGUUUACUAGCAGUGGUGUCUCAAGAGGUUCAAAUGUCACAUUUUAAUCUGUGUAAUUUAGUCGUCGCCUUUUAAACGACCUGGAGCAGUUAUGAUUAGCCUUGAGAUAGUGAGGCGUAAUGUCAAAAGUUUUACGCGUGCUCAGGUUGUCUUAUUUAAAAUCGAUCAAAUUUACAGUGAGACCCAGGUAUUUCUCCACCAAAUGUAUGGGUGAUGCAUCUAUUAAGAGGUUCAUUUCAGAGAACACGGAAAUUGUUGAAGAUCAAAACCUGACACCCGAGAUCAAACUCAGACUUUUCACCCCAAACUGUAGGUUUUGGUUUGAAAGACCAGAACUUUGGCCUUUUGAUGACCCGUACUGGGCCAUAUACUGGCCAGGAGGUCAAGCGCUUGCAAGAUACCUCCUGGAUAAUCCUGGAGUAUGUUUGGGAAAAUCAGUCUUGGAUCUAGGAAGUGGUUGUGGUGCUUCAAUCAUCGCUGCAAAACUGUGUGGUGCCAAUCGAGUGGUUGCUAAUGACAUUGACUCGGUCGCCACACUUGCAACCUGCAUGAACUUUGAGCUCAACGGUCUGGAAGCCCCGGUUUGUGUGACAGAUAACCUGAUUGGUUCGGAUCCUGGCAGCUUUGACCUGAUCCUCCUUGGGGAUAUGUUCUAUGACGAGGCCCUCUGCUGCAACCUUCACACUUGGUUGGAAAACUGUGUCAAAAGUCACAACAGCCAAGUUCUAAUUGGAGAUCCUGGCAGAUCCCAGUUUGAGGAGCAUGCCUUUCAAAAACACCUGCAGAAGUUGGCUGAGUUUGAGCUGCCCAAGACUGUUCGAGAAGAAAACUAUGGUCUUACCUGCAGCAGUGUUUGGUGCUAUUGAUUAGGAACUGACAUGAACAUAAAGUUGUAUUAAAAGAUAUGGCUUGUAAAUAAUUUACCUGUAAACAAGUACAAACGGAGAAAUUAAUUUUGUUUCGAUUCAGGAUGAGCAAGCAGCAUAGUGUUAUUUUAUGGUACUCUGUGGCCCCCCCUGAACUCGACCCUCUUGAUAACUGCCUAUUGGAGGCAGUUCACAUCCAAACAGCAGCUCUGGGAGGCUUUUCUGUUGUCAUGCAAAGCAAAUCCAGCCAAUUUGCCUGGGAACAACCCAGCACUCCCUCAUGCCAUCGCUCCAACACACAUGGCUAAAUGGUUCGUCUCAGGUUACAUCCUCAACGAAGGCAUACAUUCAUUACAACACUUGUUAAAAUGUAACCACCUAUAAGGUGUUUGUUUUUUUGAUUGGAAUAGCUUUCAUUUUGGUAAAUUUGACCUGCUUAUGCUUCUAAUUUAAUAAGAAAAGUAUUUCUGUUCUUUAAGACAAUAAAAUGUUUUGAAACU